GGGGGCGGGGCCGGCAGCGCCGCGGCUCAGGCCGUGCGGUGCGGAGCGAGAGCGGAAGCUGCGUUCCCCGGGCCGCGCCGCCGCCGCCGCGCGGCCCUAGUGCCCGCCCGCCCGCCGGACCCUGCUGCCGCCCAGCCCAGGUUUUAGAUCUGCACAAGAACCAAGAUCAAGAACCAUGGCAUCCAUCCCAUCGAGCGGCUCGCUCAUGGCGACGCACAACUACUACCGAAGGCGCCUGAACUCCACAUCCAGCAACAGCUCCUGCGGCAGCUCCGAGUACUCCGGGGAGGUCAUCCCCCACCCCCCAGGUCUGCCCAAAUCCGACCCUGGCCACUGGUGGGCCAGCUUCUUCUUUGGGAAGACAGCUCACCCGGCCAUGACGACCGUGUCGGAGUCCCCGGAGAGCUUGGGAGCGCUGCGGGUGACGACAGGACCGAUGGCAUGUGGCCUGGUCCCGGGAGCGGGACGGAGGCGUCACGCCAGCGAGCCCAGCAUCGGGCCCUCGGCAUGAGCGGGUCGGCGACUGCUCCCCACGCCGGCGGGCACAACCCCUUCCCUCCCCACCCCCCCCCCCCCCCGUAGAGUAGGCAAGAUGCUCCGAGGCAAAGGUGCUGCUCCGUAAUAAAAAAGUGGAACAAAACCCCAACCAUUCCCACACCGGCCUUUUUACUCUUUCUCAACGUAAGUACGCCCUUUCCCCGCGGACUCGGUAACACUUUUUAUUUACCUUGUACUCGUACAACGGCAACUAAUAAACUUGAGCAGCCUUUUAAAA